GUGGGCACAGGUGGGUGGCACUGGAGGGCACAGGUGGGUGGCACUGGUGGGCACAGGUGGGUGGCACUUCUGGGCACAGGUAGGUGGCACUGCAGAGUGGCACAGGUGGGUGCACUGCUGGGCACAGGUGGGGGCACUGCUGGGAACGGGUGGGCGGGGCUAGUGGGCGCACUGCUGGGCGGAACUUGCGGGUGUCACUGCUGGGCACCGAUCAUCAGGGCACUGAUCAUCAGUGCCCUGAUGAUUGGUGCCGAUCCCCGCUCUGACAACUGCCGGUUCUCGGCAGUACUUUCCUCAUGAUCUGACAGCGUGAGGAAAGUGCAGCCGAGAACCGGCACUUGCAU